AUGGCACUGGCACAGUUUGCAUGGGAAUUGUUCCUCAAUGCUGCUCUGGAGAAUGUACCGAUCUUGCUUUGGACGUCAAUAACUGUGGAAAUUGCAGCACUAAGUGUACUGGAGCCCAGCCAGCCUGUUGCAUGGGCACUUGUCAUGAUCUUGCGAUUGAUGUCAAUCAUUGUGGAGCCUGUCUUACUAUUCCUUGUCAAGGAGUCACCCCAGCAUGCUGCUCUGGGCAGUGUGCUGACCUGA